CUGUGAGGUGGGGGAAUGGGAAAGACAAAUAUAUGAAGGGGAAAAAACGAUACUACUGAGGAUGCCUAAAUGUCGUUAAUGGCUUUGCAGCAGCAGUGUAACUUGGCACCAGCAGAAAAUGUCAGUAAGGUGGAAAGCCAAUAACGCCAGGCAGAACUGAACGAAUAUGCAGUUUAGUUCCUCUGCUUGUACUGCAGCCAAAGGUCCCCUUGUUUCUGCCCUUGGGAGAAGCAUUGUGGGGUGACAGAGUAACACCAUGCCCUUCUCAACCCAAGCUGAAACGGGUGAAGAGCAGAAUGUGUUGGUUGCAAGUCUUGACAAUGUCAGAAAUCUCUCCAAUAUCCUGAAAGCUGUUCAUUUUAAAGAUCACGCUGCUUGCGUUGCAACUACAAAUGGACUCAAGGUCACAGUGGAAAAUGCCAAGUGUUUGCAAGCCAAUGCUUUUAUUCAGGCAGGGAUUUUCCAAGAAUUUGUGGUACAGGAGGAAUCUGUGAUGUUCAGAAUCAAUCUAUCUGUCCUUUUGGACUGCUUGACUAUCUUUGGGACAAAUUCUGUGCCAGGAACUCAGACAGCCCUUCGGAUGUGCUAUCGGGGUUAUGGUUACCCCUUGACACUUUUCCUGGAGGAAGGUGGAGUGAUGACUGUAUGCAAAAUCAACACUCAGGAACCUGAAGAGAUCCUAGAUUUUGAUUUCUGCAGCACAAAUGUUGUGAAUAAGAUUAUCCUGCAGUCAGAGGGGCUGAGAGAGGCAUUUUCUGAGCUAGAUAUGUCCAGCGAGGUGCUGCAGAUUACCAUGUCUCCAGACAAGCCUUAUUUCAGGUUAUCCACUUUUGGGAAUGCUGGAAGUGCACAUCUAGACUACCCUAAAGAUUCAGACUUAAUUGAAGCCUUCCACUGUAACCAAACCCAAACAAACAGAUAUAAGAUCUCAUUACUUAAGCCAUCAACUAAAGCGCUGGUUUUAUCCUGCAAGGUGUCUAUUCGAACAGAUAAUCGAGGCUUUCUCUCUCUGCAAUACAUGAUCAGGAACGAAGAUGGGCAGAUCUGCUUUGUGGAAUUUUACUGUUGCCCUGAUGAAGACAUUACUGAAGCAGAGAUCUAGCUGUCAAGGCUGGUCCCUUCAUGUACAUCAGGAACCCUGCAGAAAAGGAAGCAGAAGUUUUUCCUCCUCUGAACAGUUUUUCAUACUUAGGCGAAAAAUGAUCUUUCCAUUAAAACACACACACACAAUCACCAUCACACUACUCUAGUUGUACUGUUCCAUUUUGUUUGCUCUUAAGGAAGUCUGCCCUACCAAAUUUAUGCCUUUGUUUUGCAAGACACAGUUACUCUCUCAUGCAGUCUAAGCUGGAGAAAAUAAAUUAUUUCUACAAAGGA